AUGGAUGCCGGGUUUCAACUAUCGCUGAGAGCCUUUGAGGUGGUUUACGAGAUGAUUUCAGCCAAAAUAAUAUCAUCUUCACCCUCCACUAGCAUAAAUAUAACUGAUGAAGACACAUCUCUCGGAGAAUUUGAGGCAGAGAUGUCGGCCAUCCUCACUCUUGUUGGUAAAGACCACCUUUCGAGUAAUGAGGUAUAUGGCCUAUCAUACUACCUUCAUGAACUUCUAGAAACAACUCUAGAAAUUGGUUUAAGAAGCCUUCUGAGAGACAAACCUACGAAGUCAUUUCCCCUACCAGGCUCUGCUGACGGAAAUUCAGUGAACGAAUUAAUUACCAUAUUGGACGGUCUCAAACUGGCGUCGAGUCGUAAAAAAAAUUACGCCAAGUCAAAAUUAAACACAAAUGGGCUAGUACCACAGAAACAGGAGCGUAUUCGGCCACAAAUCUGUGAGUUUGAGCCCCCUCGAAGGUACAAGAGAGGAGGUUUUAGAGGCAUUCAGAGUCGAAAAUUUACAACACGAAGAAGCAGAAGUCAUUGCUCAAAUAGCAGUUCAUCUGAAAGUGAUUCAAUAUGA